AAAUUUCGGUGGCACCAGUAGUAAACACCGAAGAAGAAGAAGAACGAGAAGACGAGGCUCAUGGCGGAGUUCGGGCCAGGCGGCCUGUCGGCGGUUCUGCUACUCUUCAUGGCUCUCACGCUACGUGACAUUUACAUCGGCAGGUCGGAACAGCGGCCCGGCUUGUCCCCGGAAACCGAAACAGAUUCCGAUCCCGGGAAAACGGUUAAGGCCGCGCUGUACUCUGGCCCCGUUCUCCAGUUCCGAUACUGCAUCUCAUGAGGUUACAGCAAAGUCUUCCAGGAGUAUUCCAACGCCAUCAGCCAGGUGUAUCCAGACAUCCGUAUUCAGGGAGAAAACCACCCCCCAACCCCCAUUAACAGGUGUUUCGCUCAGCUGAUCUCCUACCUGAAGCUGCUCUCUAUCCUCCUCAUCAUCAGCGGUCAGAACCCCUUCUCACUCCUCAGCCUUGACACCCCCUCAGCCUGGACCUGGAGUCAGAACAACAAGAUCUUCUCAUGCUUAAUGGCAUUCUUCAUCUGUAACAUGAUGGAGACUCACUUCCUGUCCACUGGAGCAUUUGAGGUCACUCUGAACGAUGUUCCCAUUUGGUCAAAGCUGCAGUCAGGUUACAUCCCAAACAUCCAGGAGAUGUUCCAGAUCCUUGACACACACCUGAAGAUGAACCAGAUGGAUCCCAUGACUUUUACCUCAACUUAGAGCUAAACUACAGUGCUGCGUUCAGGAAUCUGGCUCGGUGAGGCGCUCAUGAAGGCGCGGCCCUAAAGCAGACCCUGCCAGGUCACGCUGGAAUUUUCCAGCCCCCGAUCAGGUUUUCCCACAAUGCACUGGGUCACCAUACAGUACUGCAGCUCCCACAAUGCUUCUGGCAGUUGUUGACAGAUAGGUGGAUAGAUAUGUAGCUUUCCUUUUGUCACAUGUUUCCAAUCUCAUAGAUCUUUACUUAAAACAUGAAACUGAUUUUGUUUAUUUCAUGUUUAUGUAAACAUUCGUGCAUCUGCCUCAGCAUCUUUGACCUGGCUCUGGCACCACUGGACCUGUUUGCUUCAGCUCAUCUUUUGUUGAAUGUUUUUGCUUCAUUUGUGACAGCAGGAAGCUGUGAAAGUUUGCGUGGCUGAUGUCAUUGAUGCAUUUGUUGAUUUGACUUCAAAUAAAAUCUGAAUGUUGAAACUUU